AGUCACUAAGAGAAUUGAGUGGAGCAGAGCUUUACAGUUUUAUUGCAAUUCUUAGACUUUAAGGGGUGAGUGAAGAUUGCCAACCAACCAAAUUCUUUUUGAACUGACAGAUGCAGAGGAACACAAACAUUUUGGAUAAAACUAUGUCACCUCUAAGGAGCAUACUAAGGCAAGGACAUUUUUUCACACUGGUGCUGCUGUCAUGGGUCGCUGUGGAGGUGCAGGGUGGCUGUCCAUCGAAAUGCUCUUGCCCUUCAUCUCCCCCCUCGUGUCCUGCUGGUAUCAGUUCGGUUCUUGACCCAUGUGGGUGCUGUCGGGUCUGUGCCAGGCAGUUUAACCAAGACUGCAGCCCUACUGAGCCCUGCGACCACAUCAAAGGACUGCGCUGCCACCUAGGGGCCGAAGGAGACCCUGACAAAGGCUUGUGUAGAGCUGAGGCUCAAGGUCGCCCAUGUGAGCUGGAUGGACGGAUCUAUCAGCACGGCGAGGACUUUCAGCCAACUUGUGAGCAUCAGUGCACAUGUGUUGAUGGAGUAGUCGGCUGCAUCCCACUGUGCCCACACCGCAUUUCUCUACCCGACUGGCCCUGUUCCCGCCGCCGCCUCACCAAACUGCCUGGCCGCUGCUGCCAGGAGUGGGUGUGUGAUGAUGACAACCGCAUUGCUGAAGUGGAUCCGCUGCCUGACGCACCUCCACAAAAGCACACUUACCUCACAGGCAACGAGUUACUUGUAGCUCCAUCUCCUUCUUGGGACAGCAGUGCAGGAGCCCCUUAUCAAGAGUGGAUUUCAUCCUCUAAGUCCCAUGCCAUCCCUCCAUCCACCUGCUUACUGCAGGUCACUGAUUGGUCCCCGUGCUCAGCCACCUGUGGAAUGGGCGUGUCCAGCCGUGUAACCAAUAGUAAUCCUGAAUGUCAGCUCGUCAGCGAAACUAGGCUUUGUCAGAUACGAGAGUGUGGCAUCAACCUUGCACCAUCACACAAGAAAGGAAAGAAGUGUCAGAGGACCACACGAACACAGAAACCUGUGCAGAUGGUAUUUGCAGGAUGCUUUACUGCUCGCCGAUACCGGCCACGUUCAUGUGGAUCCUGCUCAGACGGUCGCUUUUGUGUUCCCUCUGUGACGCGUACGGUCCGUCUACACUUUCACUGUCCUGAGCCAGAACGAGACGACUUUACCCGCAAAGUCAUGUGGAUACAGCGCUGCAGCUGCAGUCAAAGAAACAGCAGACAAGGCCUGACAUCACAAGCAGAGUUCCUCAAUCUGCCAAACGAUAUUCACACAUACGCACAUUGACAUUAACUCAAAAACACAUUCAAAAGCAUUUUCUCACAUUUCUAUGGAUCUACUGUAUCCAAUUUUCUGUGGAAACAUUUUAGCUCAGCAUUCAACAAUACAACAAUAGUCUCAAUAUAUCAAUAAUAUGUAUAUAACUUAUAGAUUGCUGUUUUAUUAGGUAUGUGAUACAGGGGAUAUAUGGUAUUUAUAUGUAAGUAAGAGGUAAAUUAUGCUUGUAAAGUUUGUUUCAGACAGACACACACACACAUUGGGUUUCCAUGUUUUAUGGGGACUUUCCAUAGACGUACUGAUUUUUAUACUGUACAAACUGUAUAUUCUAUCCCCUAACCCUAAACCUGCCCAUCACAGAAAACUUUUUGCAUUUUUAAAUUUUCAAAAAACAUCAUUAUGUAUGAUUUAUAAGCUGUUUUCCUCAUGGGGCCCACAAAAUGUCCCCACAAGGAUUUUGAAUAUUGCCAUCUUUGUGGAGACUUUUUGUCCCCAUAAUGUAGGUUUUAUCAAGACCACAAACACACACACACACACACACACAAUAUAUAUAUAUAUAUAUUUACCAUUUUCACUAUAAUUCAAUAUUCAUACCCCUUUUUACUGUAUAUAGUGUAAAUAUGUUUCUGUCCUACUGUACAUAUCUGAUAUGUUUGUUUUUAUUUUAUAAUAUUUAACAGACUUCAGUUCUUGUGAAGUGUCAUAUUCAAACUUCAAUUUUUUGAGGUGAAUGGCAAAUAACAAAUAUGGAGCAAAGACAUUUUAUGCAUAUUUUAGUAGUUUCAUUUUGUAAAAUAAAAUGUACUAUAUGUUA